CAUCCAGAGUUAAAAUCCGCUACACGGACGGACUUUUAGCGACACAACAGCUGUUCGGUAUUUAUUUUGGGGGUUUGAAACCUCUCCAGACACAUAGAGAACAUGCCCGGACGAAGGUAACCGUUCCCGGGCUGCUGCUGCCUCCUCAGCCGGCUGAAGGACAGGAGCAGGACGGAGAGACGCAGAUGGAGAGGCCGGGCAGGCUGUUGCUGCUGUCCGAGCUCCGCGUCAGAAACGCGGCGUACGAUGUGAGCCUGAGCCGGUCCCUACUCACCUGGAAGAGACGGGUCUCCAGCCCGGUGUACCACCCGUUCAGACCCAGUGUGUGUCACAGUGUGUCAGUGUCAGAGAUCAUCUCUGUCAGAGAGGAAGAGGAGGAGAACAGCAGCAGACGAAGAGACGAUGGCAGCUGGAAAAAGAUCAAGGAGAGAGAAGGAAAGGACUGCAGGCAGGUCUUCACAGUGCUGUACGUGGAGAGAUGUCAGCAGCACCGCUGGCGGUGUGCUGAGGUUACCUUCACAUGUUCAGAGGGGGCGCUGUGUCAACACUGGGUCAACAGUAUCAGAGAGCAGCUCGCAGCUAUCAGCAACAGACCCAAACACCUGCUGGUCUACAUCAACCCAUACGGCGGAAAGAAACAGGGAAAACACAUCUACGAACAGAAGGUAGCCCCGUUGUUCGCCCAAGCAGGUGUCUCCACACAUGUCAUCGUGACAGAGUAUGCCAAUUAUGCAAGGGAUCACCUGAGGACGCAGGCGGAGCUGAAGAAGUUUGAUGGGGUGGUGUGUGUCGGAGGGGACGGCAUGUUCAGUGAGAUCAUCCAUGGGCUGGUCUGGAGGACGCAGAUCGACAGUGGAGUAGAUCCAAACUGUCCGGAUGAAGCACUGCUUCCCUGUUCACUUCGCAUUGGAAUCAUUCCUGCAGGUUCAACUGACUGUAUCUGCUUCGCCACUGUGGGCACCAACGACCCCGUGACCUCUGCACUGCACAUCAUUGUGGGAGACUCUCAGCCGAUGGACGUGUGCUCAGUUCACCACAACAACACUUUCCUGCGAUACUCCGUCUCCCUGCUGGGAUACGGGUUCUAUGGUGACGUGCUAACUGACAGUGAGAGGAAGAGAUGGAUGGGACCUGCUAGAUAUGACCUCUCAGGUGUGAAGAUGUUCCUGACUCAUCAUUAUUAUGAAGGAACAGUGUCCUACCUCCCAGCCAGAGGCAUCAUGGGAACUCCACGAGAUGCCACCAGGUGUCGAUCUGGCUGUUUGGUUUGUCAGCACAACGGGCGGCUUCAUUUAGAGAAAGCUGACAUGUACAAGACGGAUGAAGCAUUAGACAGCGAAACUGACAGCGAGUGGAGGACAAUCCGGGGGAAGUUCCUGGCUAUAAACGCUGCCAGUAUGAGCUGUGCUUGUCCUCGCAGCCCCAAAGGCCUCUCACCUGCAGCUCACCUGGCCGACGGCACCACCGACCUCAUUCUUGUCCGAAAAUGUUCCCGUUUCAACUUCCUCAGACACCUCCUGCGACACACCAGCAAAGACGACCAGUUUGACAUGACCUUUGUUGAGGUCCACCGGGUUCGGCGUUUCCGCUUCACACCGCGUCACUGCCAGACCGACUCAGACUUGGACCUACGGGAGAGCGGAAAACACCAGCUCUUUAGCCAGAUCUGCCGAGACCACCCGGCUUGUGGCUGUGCCCCCGCCUACAGCAGCUGGAACUGCGAUGGCGAGAUCCUGACCCACACGGCCAUUGAUGUCAGAGUGCACUGCCAGUUGAUCAAGCUGUUUGCACGAGGCAUCGAAGAACCAACGGUGUUUGAGGAUCUCACCAACCCCUGUGCAAUAUAGGCCCACACCCCCAUUAUUCCCUGUCAGACACUGGAGUCAUCUCUCUGUUUCCAGCCUCGGGCCUACGUCGCUGUUGCAGCCGCCGUCAUGUGACACCAACACAUCCUUCACCAGGAGACUUCACAGGUUUCACCGACUCUGCAAUGAGUUUUGCUGUUACUCAACAAAGACAAGCUGUAGGGAAGGCGACAACACUUUACUCUCUGCAGCUGAAAGUCCACAAUGAUUUCCUCACAGACAGAAAGGUGGUGUAGUUUUUUUAAAACAUCCUGAACAGCUUUAAAUAUAUUCCCUGGAAACAGAGUACCUCAGUAGUGAGUCCUAAAACCUGGAAAUAAGACUUUCACGUUUUGUUCAAUGACAUAAAAAACAUCAGUGAAUACACAACUGUGAAUUCUGUAGCUUUAUAUAUCUUAAAAAACGCGGUUGCUAACAAGUGGCUAAAUGAGACUACACAAUGUCAUCACAUUAAACUGCGCCGAAUAUGGCUUUACCGCCUUGUAGAGGUGGCAACACAUCGUAGUGUCGUUCGUCUGUAGCCUAAAAUGAGCUUUUUACUUAUGGCAAAUGCAUUUUGGCUUCAAAUAUGCUGAAAAUGUUCGUUUGUGGAGAUUAUGCUGUUGAACAAAACGUGUAGAGUAUCAUUUCUUCAUCACAGAGCUUAUUUUCUGCAAUGACCCAAAAUCCAAUGGAAAAAUCCCAUAGGUCUUUAGGCAACGUUAGCUUUCAGGUGGGCCUACAGAAAAACGUCAUCCCUGUGGCAUUGUACUAACAGCUUCUUUAAAGGUGAUGUGUGUAAAAUUUAGGGGGAUUUAGUGGCAUCUAGUGGUGAAUAACAGAUUGCAACCAUCUAAAACUUCCCUCAGUUUUCAUUAUUCAGGAGAUUUUUAUCAGGACAGCUCCUGAAUUACAUACAGAGGUCUCUUCCUUUACAAAACAGACAAACCAGGCGAUUAAAACUGCUAUAAACACAGAGCAAAGCCAUUUUCAGUUACAAAUCAGUGAAUCUCCAACUUGGUUUGGCAUCUCAGGGAUGGGCUGCUAGCCCACAACAUGCUCACCCCUUUUCACUCCUAAGUUAUUGUGUGCUGACUUUUUCUGAUCCAGACAUUUAGGAGGUUUUCACCGGUUCAUUCUAAGGUAACGAAAACAAAAAAAUGAAAAAAAUC